CUAGUUUAUCUAAAAAUAUUAAGAAGACAUUAAAGGGCUUCACCAUUCACCGGCGGAGGUCAGACGUGCAGAGAAGAAUGUCUAGCCGUACACCCACAGAGGACUCUGGACAUCUUGGGACUAAGGAGUACCUUGGUUUGGCAAGCCAGAACUUGACGCAAGCUAGUAAGAGUGUGCCUCACUUGCCCAGUUUGAACCAGGAAGUGACUCUACACAUGGGUGUCAGCGAGAGUUCAAAACUUCUCUGGACUGAAACAGACGAGGGUCUAAUGAACAAUAGUACCAAACAGGUCAUUUCAACAAUCUUGACCUCAUGCGAGGAUCAGACAUCAAAUGCACCUUGCUUCUCCACAGUAGGAAAGAAAAUAUCUGAUAUGUCCCUUGAGGUCAACAUGUUGGUAGGUGGUGUUCUGUCUCAGCUGAAGGACAUCUCCUUGUCAAGGUCCCCAACACCAUGUGAAGACAUGUUUGAACGUCUCCAAGGUUCUCCUGAGCGAACCUCUCCAGUAAGUCUAGAUUGCAGCACGGCUGCCUCCAAAGGCAUUGCAUCUUCCCACAGUCUUUCAACAAAGAGCCUCCAAAAACUCUCUAGUCAUGAGUUCCAAACCAAAGCUGAGAAAGGAGUGAGUGAGGUCCUCUCUAGAUCAUUUAACAUUGUGGAGGAAGGUACAACAGAUAAGUACCUCCAGUCUGUAUCUACAUCCACCACAUCUACUGAUAUUAUACAAACCAUAGUGAAAGAUCUGCAGGAGCUCACCCAGACCACCCAAUCAUCUGACAUGGUAUCUGGAACCUCCCUGCUCACCACUGGACAGGUUUCUGAGAAAAUAAUCUGGUCUGUUGCUCGUAACAUCUACUACAGUCUGCAAAGUAAGAUUACGGAGUUUCUCAGAAAAGAUCUUCAAAUGUCAGACACAACACUUGGUUCAAUCCAAAUAUUUACAUAUCAAAGCAGUCCUGCUUCACAAAGAGCAAGUCUCUGCCAUCUUGAGGUCAACCAGAGCAGUGUUACACCUGGUGGAAACAAUGCCUGUGUGGACAUUCCGCACAAAUUACUACCUAAAACCACUAAGCUCUCAGGAUCCAUGCUGGAGGAUAUUGACACGAUCCGUUGUAGGAGUGCUGACAGCCAAAAUACAAGAAAUACCUCUUCUUCACGCUCCUCCAUCUCUCUAACACCUACUUCAAAAUCAAAGCAGUCAGAAUGGGACUUCACCUUGCCCGGUACUCCCAUCCCCACUGAAUUAUCUGCUCAGAGUGACUUUCCCAUUGUAAGAAACAUGAUCAUUCAGGACUUGUUUCACACAGAGAACUUACUUCCCCCAUCCUUUGUGGACAAAGUCAGGCAAGCUGCUGGGGUGGUAGUGGACGAAAUGGUGGAAAGUGUUGAGAACACACAGGAAGAUGGACAGGGUGCUUCUCAUCCUGACAACCUCCGAUCUGCUGUUAGGAAAUUGAGAAAAAUAAUUUCCACUGGGACCAUCCACCUUUUCAGUCAUGAAUUUGUGGAUAAAGUGAUAGCCCUUCAGGACAGCCACAGCACUCCACAGGUCUUAACAUUGGCAGCAGCCAGAAGUGCUUCAGACUCCAUUCUUUCAAGGCUGAAAUGGGGAAAGGAACACUGUGCCAUAUCCAGGAAGCUCUCCUCUCAGUUUCUCCAGAUAUUUGCUGAAGAGACAGUGAAGGGCUUCCUAAAACAGUGGUUAGAUGAGUCUGAAAAUAUCAACAUUGAUGUUUCAGUCCAGAAUGAACCAAGCACCUCUACUUGCAUGGUCUUUCCUAUUCAGCUCAAUCAGAGCAAGCCAGAUGAUAGUGACACAAUGAAUCAGCUCACGAAGGUCAUGGUCAACAAAAUGAUGGAUGCCUUAUCAGUUGGCUCAAGUCAUCAAAUGAUCACCAAAGCCAAUGCCAAAUGUUAUUUUGAGUCCGGUACCAGCAUGGCCACCAGAGACAUUGUAGAAGGGAUGUUGGAUUUGGUAAGGGAUAGCACCAGCAGUACUGGAGAGCAGAUCCCCAUCUUCAAGUCCAAGAAAAGCAAGAAAACCAUGUUCAGCAAGAUAUGCUUUAACAUAAAGGUAUAGUACAAGUACAGAUUUUUCAUGAAUAACACUGCUUUUGAAUGUAUGAGAUAUUAUUUGUUUAUAUAAUUCAGUAUUUUAGCAUUGUAUUGCCUUUUUCCAGUUGAUAUACUGUACUUUAAGAUAUAUAACAGUUUGUUUUAAUGUGCCUUUUCCCACCAACCAGGGUUCUAAGAAAGUUAGAAAGGACCACUGUCCUCAAAAGUCUAUGGAGUACCAGCCUCAGAACACUUCCCCUACUGUGUACUUUACAGAGUCGAGGACAAAUUCUCAUGGCUCCUUUGCUCCAGAGGGAAAUGACAUCGCAUAUUUCUUCCCACCUGAAGAGAAGAGUCGCAAACCCUCCCUUUUCACCAGAAUGUAUAGAGCCAUCACUAGAAGCCUCUCCAACCCAAGAUAAUUUUCCUCAUUAAAUGAGAUUGCAUUCAUUUGUUGUCAUAUGUUGACUGUUUUGCUAGCACAGACUGUAAUAUGUUCUGCGAUUCAUCCACAUGCAUUGAGGAGUAUACCACCUCAGUCACAGGCUACAUCAAUAAGUGGAUCGACAACGUCGUGUCCACAGUGACCGUAUGUACAUAUCCCCGACAGAAGCCAUGGAUUACAGGCAACAUCCACACCGCGCUAAAGGCUAGAGCUGCUUCUUUCAAGGAGCGGGACACUAAUCCAGACACUUAUAUGAAAUCCUGCUAUGCCCUCAGACUAACCAUCAAACAGGCAAAGUGUCACGCCCUGACCGUAGAGAUCUUUUUAAUUCUCUAUUUGGUUAGGUCAGGGUGUGACUAGGGUGGGCAAUCUAGGUGAUGAUAAGCCAGUGAUAUAGAGACAUUAGAAAAGGUUUGUUUUCAGUGGUGCAAAGUACUUAAGUAAAAAUGAUUUAAACCGUUUUGGGGGUAUCUGUACUUUAACUAUUUAUAUUUUUGACAACUUCAGUACAUUCAUAAAGGACAAAAAUGUACUUUUGACUCCAUCCACUUUCCCUGAUACCCAAAAGUACAUUUUGAAUGCUUUGUAUGACAGGAAAAUGGUCCAAUUCACACACUUAUCAAGAGAACAUCCCCUACCUCUGAUCUGGCAGACUCAAUAAACACAAAUGCUUAGUUUAUAAAUUAUGUCUAAGUGUUGGAGUGUGCCCCUGGCUAUUCUUACAUUCAAAAAAAGCAAUACAAUUGUGUUGUCUGCUUUGCUUAAUUUUUAAAAUUAUUUUUACUUUUGAUACUUGAGAAUAUUUCAAACCAAAUACUUCCCAAGUAGUAUUUUACUGGGCAACUUUCACAUUUACUUGAGUCAUACUGUUUACAACUGACUGAUUGAGGACUUUUUCCACCACUGUUUGUUUUGGACAUUUAUUUUUUAUCAAAUGUAUUUGACAGGGACAAUCUACUGUAUUUCUGUAAAUGUGCCAGAUUUAGCCAGCUGGCUUUGUGAUGUAACAAAGGUAGCUGAUGAUGUAAUGAAAACAGACAGUUAAAUAUGUGUGUGUAGAACUGUUGCACAUUUGCUCUGGAAAUGAGGACCAAACCUACUCGUCAAAAGGAGUGAAUUGCACCUCCAAUUGAAGUCAAUAAUAAGGUAUGGACUCAUGCCAAUACAGUCAUUAUUUAUAUAGCUCUGUAGCUUGCAGUAUUUUGAAGGAGAUAAGCAAGGGAAAAUGAUGCUUUGGUUAAUAUUUCUCACGUGAAAGGAAACAUGACCAUGCUAACUGAAAAAUGGAUACAUGAAUAUUGGUCAAAUGUACCUACAUCUUCUGAAGCUGUGUUGGGCCUACUUGAUAAUUAAAAAAAAGUCACAUAGACGAUGUCCAUAAAUUAGACAACAAUACUGAACAGUUGUAGCCCGUUGGUAGUGGUAGGCUUCUGGCUGUGAUCUCUGACCACUGUAACAGUGAAUAGUGGCAAUUUACCCGCGGGGUAUAGGCUUGUUUACUAGGCUAACUAGUGCAUUGGGGUGGGCUAUGUGCAGCAUGGGCAUACAGGAAACCACUCUAGCCUCUUAACUCACCUUGGCCACGAGCUCUAUAGUUUACAGCUAUUGCAUCACCUACAAAGCAUCAACUGAAUGUUGAAUGUCAGGUAUUUUAAUUGUCUGUAUUGUCUACUUGUUAAAUGUUUGUAAAGUCUUCAUUUGUAAUUGUUUGUAAUGUCUUAUCAAUUGGUGUUGGACCACAGGAAGAUUAGCUAACGUUAUAGCGUUAGCUAAUGGGGACUCUAGUAAAGAUUCACAAGACUGUUCACAGAUUCACAUUGAUCACAGAAUCGGAUUGAUAAUCUUAAUUCGAAGUUUGAGUUUUUUACUGGACAACCAACACUUGACAGAUGGGCUAAUCCAUAGAAAGAAAAUGUGAUCUUGGAUCUUGAACUCCCCUAGCUACAUUUCGACUUAAUGUUCAAUAUUACUAGUGGCACUCUGUCCUUACGAACAGUAAAUCAUUGGGUCUGACUCUUUUGAUUUAAUGCAAUUUCAUCAUCGAUAGUGAAACAACCACCACAUAAUCGUCAACUCCCCCCUACAAAACAUGAAUUUAUUUGUGGUUUAUCCUCUAGCUAUUAGGUAUUAGGUGUGAUCCUGACUUGGAAUGGCCACGAAGUUACACAUUGUUUUAGGAAACAUGAAUUUAUUUGUGGUUUAUCCUCUUUAGCUAUUUGGUAUUAGGUGUGAUCCUGACUUGGA